AGCGUUAACAUGUUUUGUUUGUAAUACAGUCAUUGUUUAGUAACUCGGAGUCAGUUGCUUCAGUUACCAGUAUAGCUGUUAAUUAUUUCAAUAAUUUAUUUACAAAAUUACAGCUAGUUUAAGUUUUUACUUCUUUUGGAUAAUUUUAAAUUGCUACGGUUGAAAAAAAUAUUAGGAAUAGAUUGAGCGUAGUCUCGUAAACGAGCAAAUUUAGCGAAAUAUAUCUCUUAAUUUAAUUAUUUACCAGUUUGUUUAACAAAUAAUGGCUGCAGGAACUUCAAUAAUGGUGUCUAAAGACAUUCCAGAUAUCGAAAAUUUGCUUGGCUUGAAUCCACGAUCAAAAGUUUACGCUAGCGUUGUGCCGUCCAUUCAAACCAAAGAAAAUAAGAAACACUGGAAGAGAAAUAUCCAUUCAAAGUGCGAUAGUUGCAUUCCAUUGACCAAAAAUUUCGAUGACAUUAAACGUACAACUUUAAGUGAACGUGGAGCUUUAUACGAAGCUUCGCGCUGCCUCAAGUGUGCCGAUGCUCCAUGUCAAAAGUCAUGCCCCACGCAGCUGGAUAUAAAAUCUUUUAUCACCUCGAUAUCAAACAAAAAUUAUUACGGUGCUGCGAAAGCAAUUUUCUCCGAUAACCCAUUGGGUUUGACUUGCGGUAUGGUUUGCCCAACGAGUGACCUUUGCGUAGGAGGAUGCAACUUAUACGCUUCUGAAGAGGGUCCAAUUAAUAUCGGUGGUUUGCAACAAUUCGCCACAGAUAUAUUUAAAAAAAUGAAUAUACCACAAACGAGAAUACCUGGACAAACGGUUCCCCAUUCCGAAACAAAAAUCGCUAUGAUCGGUGCCGGUCCAGCGGCACUGUCGUGCGCCACCUUUUUGGCUCGAUUGGGCUAUGAUAACAUUACCAUAUUUGAAAAGCAAAAUUAUGUUGGCGGGUUGAGUAGCGCUGAAAUCCCGCAGUAUCGACUACCAUUUGAUGCGGUAUCUUUCGAAGUUGAUCUCGUCAAAGAUUUAGGUGUGAAAAUCGAAUGUGGACGAGAAUUGUCUGAAAAUGAUCUUACUAUAAAGAAACUACAAAAGUCUGGGUACAAAGCGAUAUUUCUCGGGUUUGGAUUACCGGAACCUAACGUAGCGCCAAUUUUCAAAGACCUGACUCAAGAAAUGGGGUUUUUUACUUCUAAAAACUUCUUGCCAGCCGUUUCGAAAGGCAGUAAACCAGGAAUUUGUACUUGCAAAUCAACUGGCUUGCCUAAUCUUUUCGGUAACGUAAUCGUGUUAGGUGCUGGCGAUACUGCAUUUGAUUGUGCUACAUCGGCUUUGAGAUGCGGAGCAAGAAAAGUCUUCGUGGUUUUUCGACGCGGUUUCACCAAUAUUCGUGCAGUACCUGAAGAAAUGGAAUUGGCAAAAGAUGAAAAAUGUGAAUUUAUACCGUUUGCAUCGCCAAAAAAAGUUAUAAUAAAAGAUUCCAAGAUUAUCGCUAUUGAGUUUUAUAGAACGGAGCAAGAUAAAAAUGGACAAUGGAAAGAGGACGAAGAUCAAUCGAUCAGGUUAAAAGCUAAUUUUAUUAUAUCUGCUUUUGGUUCCGGACUUUAUGAUAAAUCAGUUAAAAAAGCUCUUGAACCAGUAAAACUUAAUAAAUGGGGAAUACCAGAAGUCGAUGAAAGUACAAUGGCAACAUCGGUGAUAGGAGUUUUCUGCGGUGGCGACCUUGCCGGUAUAUCACAAACAACUGUAGAAUCAGUUAAUGACGGAAAAACUGCCUCCUGGUUUAUUCAUAAAUACAUACAGGAAUCUUACUGUCUUUCGGUAUCAAACCAGCCACAGUUACCGAAGUUUCAUACACCAAUCGACGACGUUGAUCUAAGUGUUGAAGUAUGUGGCAUAAAGUUUGAAAAUCCUUUUGGUUUGGCAUCUGCACCACCUGCAACAUCGUGUGCAAUGAUUCGUAGAGCUUUCGAAGCAGGUUGGGGAUUCGCUGUUACGAAAACAUUUGGAUUAGACAAGGAUUUGGUUACAAAUAUUUCACCCCGAAUAGUUAAAGGUACUAGCGACGGAUAUCAUUAUGGCCCGGAACAAACCAGUUUCUUGAAUAUUGAAUUAAUAUCAGAAAAAACUGCGGCUUACUGGUGUAAGGGUAUUACAGAACUGAAACAAGACUAUCCAACAAAGAUAGUUAUAGCUAGUAUUAUGUGUACUUACAACAAAGAAGAUUGGACAGAAUUAGCACAAAUGGCAGAAACUUCCGGAGCAGAUGCAUUAGAAUUGAACUUAUCUUGUCCUCAUGGAAUGGGUGAGAGAGGAAUGGGUUUAGCUUGUGGGCAGAAUCCCGAGCUAGUCAGAAACAUCGCCAGGUGGGUUCGAGCAAUAAUUAAAAUACCGUUUUUCAUCAAACUUACACCUAACAUAACCGACAUUGUAUCCAUUGCAAAGGCUGCUUACGAAGGUAAAGCCGACGGUGUCUCGGCAAUAAAUACCGUGCAAGGACUCAUGAGCGUUAAAGCCGAUGGAAUCCCUUGGCCUGCAGUCGGUCCAGCGAAAGCAACAACGUAUGGAGGCGUUUCCGGAAAUGCAACGCGACCAAUGGCUUUGCAAGCCAUAUCAAAAGUGGCAAAAGCACUUCCGGGUUUUCCUAUUCUCGGGAUCGGGGGCAUUGAUUCUGCCGAAGUAUCCUUACAAUUCCUUCAAUGCGGUGCCUCAGUUUUACAAGUGGGAAGCGCAAUUCAAAAUCAAGAUUUCACGCUCAUAGAUGAUUAUACAACAGGUUUAAAAGCUUUGCUGUAUUUAAAGAGUGUAGGUCAUUUGAAAGAUUGGGAUGGUCAAAGUCCGCCAACGUUCAAACAUCAAAAAGGAAAACCUGUUUCUCUCCAGCAUGCUCUGGGAAAGAAUAUACCGCAUUUCGGAGAGUAUCUCAAGUUACGUGAACAGAAAGCUGCUGUAAUUAAGGAAAACUCUAAUCUACUGGAAGCGGGCCUACCGUCAACUAGACCGGCACCACGACCGGUGAUGCCAGUCCCAACUGUGAAAGACGUGAUUGGAAAAGCAUUAUCUCACAUCGGUACUUACAAUGAGCUCGAUAAUAAAAAACAAGUGGUCGCUCUUAUCGAUGACGAUAUGUGCAUCAAUUGCGGAAAAUGCUAUAUGGCCUGCGCUGACUCUGGUUACCAAGCAAUUACGUUCGACCCAAAAACUCAUAUACCCAGGGUGACAGACGAUUGCACUGGAUGCACUCUUUGUCUAUCUGUCUGUCCGAUUAUUGACUGUAUAAAUAUGGUACCGAAACAAAUUCCCCACGUAAUCAAAAGAGGUAUAGCGCCCAAAGGCAUAUCUUUAGAGAUACCAGAAACCUCCCAGUAAGAGUUAUAGGACGCUCAACUUUCAAAGCUAUAUGCACUAAUUAUACUUAUUAUUAUGCAUGAGUAAAUAAAUCAUUCGAUAUGUUCCAAAGUGUGCAUUGCCUUCUGUUAAAAGCUAUGAUCCAAUACAUGGUAAUCUUCGCAUGUAAAUAGAAAUUACUAGUCGAAUCGAUUAAAAGAACGAAAAAAACUCGUUGAAAUGAAAGUAAGAAUUGUGAGUUUAAUUAAAGUUCGCAAGUGGUUACUCAAGAACGAUAUAUAGGUUUAAUUAUACGAACGAAAUCCGAGAGUUAAUGGUAAGCCAAUAGAGUACAAUGAAUGGAGAAAGACUUAUGUAAUUCUUUAAGUAGCGAUAGAAUGAAGCGAUCUGC